GAGGUGAAUUGGCAGGUGAGGGUGAAAGGUCGAACAUGAUUGUAGCAGAAAGAGACAGUCUGGCAGCACACAAAGUGAAUGAACUUUCUUCUCGACUCAUCAUGGACUUGCUCUGCUGUGUUCUGAUCCUCUUCUCUCUGCUCUGUUCAGCCACAGGUCAAGGUCUUGUGGUCACUGUGGAGCCCCGCACUACUACUGUGCGCGAAGGCGAGUCGGUGAGCUUCAGGUGCCAAGUCGAAAGCAGUGCACAGAACAGUCAGCUGCAGUGGAGAAGAAGCAACGAUCAACCCUUAGCAGACAAUGUUAAGAUUGGCCCCAGUGGUGCAGUACUAACGGUUGCUAAUGCUCGACCGAGUAACCAUGGCCAGUACCAAUGUGUGGCGUCCAGCUCUACAGGUUCCAAGCAUGCUUCCGCCCAGCUGAAUGUUAAAUAUCCUCCCAAAGUGCGCUUGACACCAACGGGGCCCGUGAGGGUCAAAAUUGGUGACAGUGUGUCAGUGCAGUGCCGUGCCACAGGCAGGCCACGCCCCAAGCUGAACUGGAGACGCCAAGGUUCCUCUCUGCAACUGGUGACUGCGGAGAUAGAUGGCGUCAACACCAUACAGUGGCAUGUCAUGCGUCCAGAGGACUCAGGUGUGUAUAUUUGCCAAGCUGAGAACACAGUGGGCGUGACUGAAAUCAAAGUGGAGGUCAUGGUGGAAGGGGGACCUGGUGUGCCCACUGCCUCAGUGAGGCAUAAAGAAAUGACAGUGGUGGAGGGACACACUGUCACUAUGGAGUGUCAGGCCACUGGUUCUCCGGCUCCUGUCAUUAGUUGGUCAAAGCUGAGAGCACCAUUGCCAUGGAAACACACAGUGGCUGGUGGUGUCCUGACACUAACCAGUGUGGGGCGCCAGGACUCAGGCCAAUACAUCUGUAAUGCCACCAACAUGCAUGGCUACAGCGAGGCAUACACACAGAUGGAGGUUGACAGCCCUCCUUACGCCACCUCUCUGCCCGACCAGGUGAAGCUGCAGCCUGGUGAUGCUCUUUCCCUGCGCUGUCUGGCUCACGGCUCGCAUCCCAUCAAGUUUGAAUGGAGCCGCGUGGGCAGAGCCAACCUGCCCGCUGGGAGUCAGAGCACUGAAGAUGGACAGCUCCUCAUAGCGCGGGUGAAAAUGGCUGACAGCGGGACAUACAAGUGUGUGGCCACCAACCACAUUGGCUCCAGUGAGGCGCUGGCCAAAGUCAUUAUGAAAGCUUAGGCCAACAUGGUGGCAUCCUAUCGCACCCUGCAAGGCUGGAUUGUGACAUCACACGGAAAGUAUCUCAUACGUUUAUAAAAGUGCAUGAGCUAAAAUCCAUAAGGGAAGGAUGAGAAUGACAAGCUUUUAUUUGAAUACUGAUUCUAAAACAGUCAUAGAAAACUUCUGUGUUAACUGAACUCUAUCCUCCUGGACAUUUCCAACCAACACAACAAAAACCAUAAAAAAUAUAUAGAUCCUUAAUGUUUGUUUCUAUUUUAUGGUACUGGUAGACCUGUAUUAGGAAAGGAACCACAUUUGUUUAAUUUCAAAAGCAUCCCUCAUUAUGAGGCAGUAGAGUUAUGAUUCUAAUUAUAAUGCAUUAGAACAAGUCCAUAAACUAUAUCUUACAUUGCA